AUUCUUACUUGGUACCAGGGGUGAAUUAACAUCUCGGUGACACCUUCAUCCGGUAGCCAGGUGGGUUCAGUGCCCUUUGAAUGACAAUCAUGCUCAUUUUCGCGCGGUUAAGAGUUUUACUCCAGGUUUUAUUCUCAAACGAGAUGCAUUUCUGGGGAGGAAAAGCAGUCUGCUUAGCACUUCCUCCGUGUUUUGAUUAUCAGAUUUCUCAUGUAAUACCUGGUUUUACUACUGGUAUGAAGCAGUAGCUUUUUCAUUCGUAGUUGACGGACAUCAGGUAAUGAUUAUUUCAUCCUGAAAUACACUGUCGCCGGGUUGACAAUAAUGUUGACGAAACCUACAGAGGUGAGACUCAUAACUUUAUUAUUUGAAGGAAGUGGCUUGGAUGACGUGAUUGUGGCUUUUUAUAUCAAGUGCAUCAAUUUCUAAAAGUCAAAAUUGUCACCAUCAAGGCACACUUCAUUGUUUGAAUACAUCUGAUUUGUGUAACCAAAACACCUUUCGGGUGACGAACUGGGGUGACGAAUCGCCAUGAUUCAGAUACCAAGUAAUGGGAAUCAUCAUCAGUUUCUUGAGUUGUCUUGGAAUUGACGAGCAGUGAUUGUCAUAACAAGUCAAGUAAUUCUCAACAUGACUAAAUAUACGUGCAUAGAUUAGGGAAGUGAUACAGGGAAGAAUAUGUUCUAAGAGCUUCUGCAUCCGAAUACGGAAAACAGCGAUGGAGUGCAUCAUCAUCUUGCGUGCAAUCUUAGUUAUUCAACUUUCAAUCACAGUUGUCAAUUCAUCACUGAUAUCGAACCAUGAAAACCAUGACAAAGAAAGCCAUGCCUGUCAUCACGAACAUGGUGGCGCGAAUGGUUCUGGUUGUAACUGCAAGUGCCGUCAAUGUCCGGACGUCGUCGACCGCUGCCCCUACGGGACGAUCCCGGACACGCGCGAUCCACGCCGGUGUUGCAACGUCUGCGCCAUCGGCGUCGGCGACUACUGCGAUCCGGACGCCGACACCUUCACCGAGUACGGUGAAUUCUUCUCAAAGUGGCAGACGUCGGGCACGGGGUUGAUUAUCAAUCCGAUGUCGUUGGUCCGAGACAAGACCAUGAAGACGAAGAAUCGUUUUGGAAGAUGUGGAAACGACAUGCGAUGCCGGCCUGUCAAAGAAUUGCCGUGGAGAAUAGCCGAUGUUGGCUCUAUGGCGGUGUACGCCUACCUACGAUCAAUCAUGGACGUCCGGGGAUCUAUCAAGACUGUGUGUGUUUGCAAGGACAGUGAUAUGGUGUGUGGAUCAGAUGGUAUCACCUACGACAAUCGAUGUUUGAUGAAGAAGGCAGGUACAGAGUCAAAGACGACGAUUACGGAAGUUGAGCCUGGAAUGUGCAAAGGGGCCCCUAAACUAGCUAUGCCGCCCUCUGAUGUUGUACUUCGCUCGGGAGAUCGCGCUCUACUCCGCUGCCAGUUCGUCUCAGAGCCCAUGACGAAGGUCUAUUGGCGACGAAAAGGGAGUCUUCAGCAACCAGCCAUUGAGGCUUUCAUCCCCGGCGACAAUGCCCGUUUCGUCGUCCACGAGCUCGGAGGACCAGAAAAAUUCAUGGUGACCACGAUACUUGACAUCCUGGAUGUAAAUCUGGACGAUGCCGCCAUGUACGAAUGUCGAGGAAGCAAUAUGUACGGGACGACGUCGGGCACGGCGUCCGUGUUCGUUAAAGAUGGCGUUUGAUAAAGGAAUCGGGUGCCCAAUAGUGAUUUCAAGAGAAUCAUGAUUAAAAAUAAAACAAAUGAUGUUCUUAUUAUGGUACCCAAUUGCCCAGAACCGAGCAUCACGAAUGCUUCGAAAUUAAUUCGACUUCAGAGCACUGUAACAACUUUCAACAUGAUCAAUGGAUCAUGCAAUUAGCGAAGCCCGCUGCUAUGUCAGAGCAUAUAUCGUAAUUUCUUUGCAUAUAAUCUUAUAGCCUCAUGUUGGAAAUUACCAUAAACAUGAUAAAAUGACCUAAAAAAGUGAUUAAAAUGCCGUGAAAGCUAUCCUGUCCAUUCAUGUGUCACCAUAAAUUUACUGUCUGGUCUGCAUCUGAACCUAUGCUUCCAAGACCAUUUUAAUGGUCUGCAUUUUGUGAUAUAUUAAUAUAUCUUUGUGAAUAUCAUUUGAUAAUUAGUUCUGAAUUCUAAACUUGAUAAGAAAUAGCAAUGAGGGUUUUAACUUUGAAAAAAUAUACGAAAUGGAAAGGAAUGAAAAAGAAAUAGGAGCCUACUCAAUAAAAAUAUAUCUUAUUUUAGAAUCCUCGAAACACUAAAACAGUGAGUCGAAUUUCGUAUAGCUAACUCUACUUUACUAAAUACUUAAAGAAUUAUUACAACAUUUCGAAAUGAAUAUUACUUACAUGCAUGGAUAGGGGCAGACUGAAGUCCUCACUUUAAAAAAGGGGGGCAUACUUGUGUUUUAACGGCAUAUUUAUAUCACAAAGUUUAACUGUGCCUCUCAAAGGUUGGGGGGAUACGGGUCGGCUGCCCCCCCCCCCCCCUGAAUCCGCCAGUGUCUGUAGGUACCAAUAAAAAUUAAUCAUAAAAUAGAUUUAUCAACAUCAACCGGGGAUGCAUUUGUCAUUUCAAUGCUUGUUGAAAAUAAUAUCGUGAUUAUUAGUAUUACUACGGUGUAUUAUGUUGUGCUGAUUAAAAAGUGAGGCCUUUAGUGUAACUUG